CCUGUUCCAGUACCCGUGUUGGCCUCGGCAAAAAAUUGUGAGAUGGAGGCGUUAUUUUUAAUACUGUAAUUGAGCCUCGCUGCCCGCUGGCCAACGCGUCCCUUCCCCCCGGCUCCGCGCUGGAGCAGCGAAUUUGGCUCGAUCACGGAGACGAGGAUCCACGCUGCCCUCUGAGACCGAGCCGGGGCUCUUCCGGAUGGAACCUCCGGACUGAGCCCCAGGUGCUCGCGGACGCCGGGCCCGCCCACCUGCCGUCACGUGCAGCCCCAGCUCCGCCCGCUUCGGCGCCGCUCUGCGGGGUGCGGGGGUGGGCCUUGCCGCCGGGCCCAGAGCCCUCCUCUGCCUCGCCCUCUGUGUAAGACCGGAGGCUGCGGCCCGGCCGCUACUGCGGCGGGAGCUCGCGAUCCUGCUAGUUCAGCGGACACGGUCGGUCCCUCGCUCGGUCGCGCGGUAGAGGCCCGGCGCGCACGCGCACACGCCCUCCUUGCCCCGCGUCGGCGCGCCGCCGAGUCCCCCAGCUCCGCGCCGGGCGCCGCAGGCAGCUGCGGGUGGCAUGCAGGACUACGACGAGGUGACCGCCUUCCUGGGCGAGUGGGGGCCCUUCCAGCGCCUCAUCUUCUUUCUCCUCAGCGCCAGCAUCAUCCCCAACGGCUUCAACGGCCUGUCUUCCGUGUUCCUGGCGGGGACCCCGGAGCACCGCUGCCGGGUGCCGGACAGCGCGAACCUGAGCAGCUCCUGGCGCAACCACAGUAUCCCGCUGCGGCUGCUGGACGGCCGUCUGGUGCCUCACAGCUGCCGGCGCUACCGACUCGCGGCGAUCGCCAACUUCUCGGCGCUGGGGCUGGAGCCGGUGCGCGAUGUGGACUUGGAGCAGCUGGAGCAGGAGAGCUGCCUGGAUGGCUGGGAGUUCAGCCAGGAUGUCUACCUGUCCACCAUCGUGACCGAGUGGAACCUGGUGUGUGAGGACGACUGGAAGGCCCCGCUCACAGUCUCCUUGUUUUUCGGGGGCGUGCUGGUGGGCUCCUUCAUUUCGGGGCAGCUCUCAGACAGGUUCGGUCGGAAGAACGUGCUGUUCGUGACCAUGGCUGUGCAGACGGGCUUCAGCUUCCUGCAGGUCUUCUCCAAGAACUUCGAGAUGUUUUCUGUGCUGUUUUUCAUUGUAGGCAUGGGCCAGAUCUCCAACUAUGUGGCUGCGUUUGUCCUGGGCACAGAAAUUCUCAGCAAGUCAGUGCGUAUCAUAUUCUCUACGUUAGGAGUGUGCAUAUUUUACGCCUUUGGCUACAUGCUGCUGCCACUGUUUGCUUACUUCAUCAGAGACUGGCGGAUGCUGCUGCUGGCGCUGACCGUGCCGGGGGUGCUGUGCGCACUGCUCUGGUGGUUCAUCCCUGAGUCCCCCCGAUGGCUCAUCUCUCAGGGACGAUUUAAAGAGGCAGAGGUGAUCAUCCACAGGGCGGCCAAAAUCAACGGGAUCGUCGCCCCCUCCGUCAUCUUUGAACCGAGCGAGCUCCAAGACCUCAGUUCCCAGAAGCAGCCGUCCCACAGCAUUCUGGAUCUUCUCCGAACCCGGAACAUCCGCAUGGUCACCAUCAUGUCCAUAAUCCUGUGGAUGACCAUAUCAGUGGGCUAUUUUGGGCUCUCCCUGGACACACCUAACCUGCACGGUGAUGUCUACAUGAACUGCUUCCUGUCGGCGAUGGUGGAAGUCCCGGCCUAUGUGCUGGCCUGGCUACUGCUGCGGUACCUGCCCCGGCGCUACUCCAUGGCCACCGCCCUCUUCCUGGGCGGCAUCGUGCUCCUGUUUGUGCAGCUGGUGCCCCCAGACUUGUACUAUCUGUCCACCGUCCUGGUGAUGGUGGGCAAGUUUGGGAUCACUGCUGCCUUCUCCAUGGUGUACGUGUACACGGCCGAGCUGUACCCCACCGUGGUCAGAAACAUGGGCGUGGGGGUCAGCUCCACAGCGUCCCGCCUGGGCAGCAUCCUGUCUCCCUACUUCAUCUACCUCGAGUUGAAAGGGAAUGGGAAGAGGGAAAGAUGUCCAUUCAAGACGUGUGACGACCUGAGACUUCUUGUGACUCGGAGCAUGUGGCUCAAUGGCUCGGGCCGUGUGAAGAUGCGGUGCCUACGAUCGCUUCCUACCCUACAUUCUCAUGGGAAGUCUGACCAUCCUGACAGCCAUCCUCACCUUGUUCCUCCCAGAGAGCUUCAGCACCCCUCUGCCAGACACCAUUGACCAGAUGCUAAGGGUCAAGGGAAUAAAAUACAGGCAAACUCCAAGCCACACGAGGAUAUUAAAAGAUGGUGAAGAAAGCCCCACAGUCCUUAAAAGCACAGCCUUCUAACACCCUCCCGGGAGUAAGCCAGCGAAGAAGAAAUACUAAAUCCCAUCAGCAGUGGUUUGUGUGGACAUGGGAUCCUUCAGGGACAAAGGUCCUCGCUGUUCAUCCUGGUGGCCCUGUGUCUGACCUGCUGGCAGACGGGCACGGGACUCAGAGGCGGCAUGUGGUGCUGGAGGGCCACCUUCCCUCCAGCGACACUGGGGCUGUCAACAGACAUCUUCAGAGACGUCCUAACACAGCAAGGAAUGGGGGCACUGCCCAAGAAGUGAACUCGAACCAGUGAGAUUCGGAAGAACACGAGAGGCAUCUGCUAAAUUUACAUUUUAACUUCAGACUUCCUCAAAAGGCCCCCCAGUAAGACAGGAGGUCUAAAUCCCAUCCCCCAAAUCUUUCCCUCUAAAGGUGCACUUUAAAGGAAAAGACGUCAGCUCACAGGGAGUUGGAUUUCUCACCCUUUCUCGGUAACUGGGAGGGCUGCCGCGCCCGGGCCGGAGGGUCCGGGUCUGGGGAGCCCAGGGCUGGGCAAGCCUGCAGGGAGUUAAUUCAGAGGGGCCCAAGCAGGCACAGAAUGCAGGCCAGCGUCGCCAUGUGAGCUCCUGGGCCACUCGGUGUGGCUGCUGGGUAGACUUGUUUACAUCUGAUCAAAGCACUGGGCUUGUCCGGGCCCAUGACAAACGCACUACAGAACCUACUCUUCUCAGUUUUCUGCCAGGCGAAUCGAAACUGCUCUCACAGUGGAAGCACAUUGGUGAGAGAGAGAUAAGCACACUUGUCUCUUCUCUCCAAAUGAUAAUGAGGUCUUGUUUGUUCGUAUGUCGUCUGCUUGUUAUCGAUUUGUCAUUUUCUUCUCCUUAAGUUAUUGACCCUUCAGAACAGACUCAGGGAAGACUGGUGCCCCAGUCUCCUGGUCUGUCUUUUUCUGUCAACCCAGAACCACUCUGGUAAUAAUGGUCUGCAGCCGCCACCCGGGCAAGGCCUUAGCACUUUCAGCCACGAGCACUUCUCGGCGUCCCAAAACGGACGUCGUCGUGUGGCUCCCUUUCAUGGUACCUAAUCACGGGGAAAAUUACGAAGAGGAAAGGUAAAUCGUGUUCACAGCACUUCGGAGUUGUUCACUUCAGUCAUGUGACAUUGGGAGAUACUUGUGUUCAGUGUAACUGUCUUCCCUUGUCUGACCGUUACCAUGGUUACCAUGGUACUCCUGCAGCAUAUGCUUCACCUGGUUCCAAACCACAUGUUUGGGAAAGCUAAUGAAGUGCCUUGGGAAAUGAAGAUGUUUUAAUAAAGAAAAUGAUUUUUUUAAGUAA